UUUGUUAGACUAAUUUUGCAUAUUUUUAUUUCAGAACGCCACUUGGAACCGUCAACCAUUCGUCGCAAUAGGAGCAUCCAGCGCCACUACCUCUGCUGUACCCGAACACCCUUUCGAGCUAUGUUAAGUGCAGAGUUGGUCCCCUUGAAGCUCAGUAGUGCCCCUUGGUCAUCGUUGUUACUUCAUCAGCCGCCGAACGUCAGUCCUUUCAACAAGGUCCCUUCCACCCAAAGGUGGGACAAUGUGAAUAGAUCCUGAAUCGUCGUACUUCCGGUAGUUGACACGCUUAGAAGUCCCUUCCCCGUCCCAAAAUACAACAAGUCCUUUGUAUAUUCUAUUAAGGUUACAUCAGCUUCUGUGGAUAGAGAGUAGUACCAUGUGAAUAUAGUGAGAGUGAGUGCGAAUAUAGUGUGCGUGACUAAUAUGUGCAGAAGUUCAGACGCCCCUACCUAAAGAUAUAUAUACACACACAGGUGAAGCAGUGUUAAAACAGAUAAUUAGGAAAACGAUGGAAACUUCAACCAGGUUGCUCAUCUACGCUUUGUGGAUACUCAUCUUUCCGGAACUUUUUACAGUCUUCCAUGAAGGGGAAGCAGCUCACGCAGUGAAGCGCUUCACGGGCUUGUACACCGGCCCCUAUUUCGAUCCUAGCACCACGACCAAUAUCACCACCCAGCUAGGCACCCACGCUUACAUCCCCUGCAAGAUCAAGCAGCUCGGCAACAAGUCCGUAUCUUGGAUUAGAAGGAGGGAUGCGCAUAUUCUCACUGUAGAUAGGUACACAUUUAUUGCUGACGAUAGGUUCCAAGCAUUUUUUGUUGAAGCUACGGAUACCUGGACUUUACAAGUCAAAUAUGUACAACCUAGAGACGCUGGUCAGUACGAGUGCCAAGUCAGCACAGAACCAAAAAUGAGCCAUUUUAUUACCCUUAAUGUAGUUGUUCCUAAAAUCGAAAUAGAAGGCGAGUCUGAUAUCUACGUGAAGAGGGGCAGCACCGUGCAGCUGAAGUGCGUGAUAACGCAAUCCCUAGAGCCGCCUGCGUAUAUAUUUUGGUACCACGAUGGUGAAAGAGUGCUCAACGACCAGAGUGCCAUAGAUAUUCGAAUGACUAGAAGAGGCACAGAUACGACAGUGAGCACAAUCACUAUCUUCCGUACAAAACCAGAGGACGCUGGCAACUACACCUGUAGCCCAUCAAACCUGGACUCUGCCAGCGUCUAUCUUCACGUCCUUAACGGUAAGCUCCAGAAGGUUAACAGGUAAACAGUAAAACUAAGGUAACACUUGCUGAAGAAGGAUUUUUUUAUUAGGUUGCUAUAGACAUCGUUCAUAUGAGGAUAAUUCGAGUGAAACUUGGUUCUGUAUACAGGAUAAAUGACGUUAUGACUUUUAUCGGGUUUGUAUCACUCGAAAGUCUAAUUUAAAACAUUUUCAAUAUCUGCAAGUUUUGGAAACUUUAUCAUGCAGUACCUCACGUUUUAAUGUAAAUGGAGUCUUGUCAUUCUUGUUUACGAUUAACACAAUCUUAAACAGUUGCCUUAAUUUAUUCAUAAACGGUUUACAGAACCCAAUCUUUUGUAACCGUCAAGAAGAAAGAUUUAAAAUGCAGAAGGAAUUUGAAAGCUUGCACCACUGAGUUGUAUCUUAGAUCUCACAACAAAUAGCCUUUUUGCGAUAUUCGAUAAUGUGAUUAAUAAAUUACAUAAUUUUAAAAUUUUUUCAUACGCCUUUAUUUUAUGAUAAAUUUUGACUAAAGUGAGUGAAAACGUUUACCAGGAAAACAGAGUAUGGUGCCAAAGACGGUGCUAUUCUUAAUUUUGCGCUUCUAAAUAGAACAUAGAUUGUUGAAAUGGGACUUCGAGUUAAAUGUAAGUUUACGAUGCAGGAUACUGCCAUUUUUUGAACCAUUUUUCUAUUCUUCAAAAGUAAGUUAUCCUUGAUACAUCACUGUAUACAGGGCUCAAAAGUUUUUCGAACUGUUCUCAUUUGAGGGAGACAAUAUAGUAGUGUUGUUUGAUCCCUAUGCCAAGAUUUGGCCAGUAAUUUGCAGCAAUCACCAUCAAUCAAGAAGGCGUCUGGGGACUAGUGGAACUCCUCACAUCCAUAGAAAAUUGGGAACUAAUCCAUGUCUUGCUUUAACUAAGAUCUAAUUGAGAAAAUACAUUCUACGAAACAAAGAUAUGAAAAACUGCGUUUUUUAUUAUUUGUAUUUUAAAUAAACAUUUAUGUUGACC